UCUUUGCCUUUUUAUUUUACCCUUAUAUAGUGACAUCGCAAAAAGGAAAAAAAAUCAUCUGAAAAGUCUCAAUUAAAAAGCAAAGCACUAUUGUUUUAAUCAUAUCUGUGAUGGCUGGUCAACCUCCUCAAGUUUUUGUCCUCGUCAUAUUUUUCCUUCACUGGAACUAGAUAGAUUUGGGGUGCUUAAUCGCAGAAGACCGCCCCAAAUCUAAACCAACUGCAACCUACUUAAAUCGAUUCUUUUCCCACAGUGAAAUUAUUGACAGGUGAGUGAAAGAAAGCGCACCAGAUAGAGAAUGUGUGUGAUUUUAGUGUGUGAGAGAGUAUGAAUCAAAUCACUCUAAUCUCUUAAAGUGACCCAGGUCCAUCAUAGUUGGGGGUGGAGACAGUUCUCUAUUUGGUUCAGCUGUAUGAAAAAAAAAAAGUGGGCUAGUCCACCUCGUGGCUUCUUCACAGACGCCUGCAUGAUAAUCCCAAUCUGUGACCAUUAGUGCUCUGAGAGACUGAGUGAAGAGAGAGUUCAGCAGAGCGAGUGAGCUGAAUAGAAGAGGUGGGUGGAGCAGUCGGGCAGAGAUGCACACAGAAGGAAAAGAACCAGCGAGAGCAUGAGAGAGCUUUUAAGGGAUUUGGCAGUGAUUUGUAGAAUCUCACUGCUGUGAUAUUGCACUCCCCCCACACACUUUUCCUCAACUCCACCAUGAUACCUUACGCUAAAGGCUGGAAAAAUCAGGGUUUCAUUUUGGGCUUGAUGAAUCAAUUAUAAGUUUUUAUAGUGUGCUUGAGAUGAUAACACAUCUGUCUUUGCUGUGGAGAGGAACGCGUUGUCUCUGAGACAAAAUCCCACUUUGGAGCAAAUAUGCAAUGGGCACGUGUGAGGGAUAAAAUCAAGAUUGGUCUUUAAAGAAUGGACAGGUAUCCAAGGUAGGAGAGGUGUGAUGCUCCAAGUGCCUCUGCUGGUCAGCAUCAUGUCAUCAGAAGCCAUCUCGUCCUAUCGCCGCAGCUGGCUCAGGAAAUGGUCCGGACUACUGUGGAUACUUUUUGUAGGGACACUUCCUGGUUUGCGGGCCCAACAGGGCACCCAGCCUCAGUCCCUCAAAAUUGAGGGUGACAUCACCUUGGGUGGGCUUUUCCCUGUACACUCCCGAGGGCCAGUGGGAGUGCCCUGUGGAGAAAUUAAGAGGGAAAAGGGAAUCCAUCGAUUGGAAGCCAUGCUGUACGCCCUGGACCAGAUCAACAGUGACCCAGAUCUGCUGCCCAACAUUACACUGGGAGCCCGAAUAUUGGACACCUGCUCAAGAGACACCUACGCACUGGAGCAAUCACUCACUUUUGUCCAAGCCCUCAUUCAAAAGGAUACAUCCGAUGUGCGCUGCUCCAAUGGAGAGCCUCCAAUCAUCCCCAAACCUGAAAGGGUGGUUGGUGUGAUUGGUGCUUCUGGCAGCUCUGUUUCCAUUAUGGUAGCCAAUGUCCUUAGGCUCUUUGCGAUCCCUCAAAUCAGCUAUGCCUCCACUGCACCGGAAUUGAGUGACAAUAGUCGAUACGAGUUCUUCUCCCGUGUGGUACCUCCUGAUUCUUACCAGGCCCAAGCCAUGGUGGACAUUGUUAAAGCCAUGGGCUGGAACUACGUCUCAACACUAGCAUCAGAGGGUAACUACGGAGAGAGUGGAGUUGAUGCUUUCCUCCAGAUCUCCAGAGAAGCAGGGGGGCUGUGUAUUGCACAGUCGAUCAAAAUUCCCAGAGAGCCCAGACCUGGGGAGUUUGAAAAGAUCAUCAAGAGAUUGAUGGAGACUUCAAACGCUCGCGGUGUCAUCAUAUUCGCCAAUGAGGACGACAUCAAGCGUGUGUUGCAAGCUGCCAAAAAGGCCAAUUUGACUGGCCACUUUCUAUUUGUUGGCUCCGACAGCUGGGGAGCCAAGAACUCUCCCAUCCAAGACCAGGAGGAGGUGGCGGAGGGUGCUGUCACUAUCUUGCCAAAAAGAGCUUCUAUUGAUGGAUUUGAUGAGUACUUCACUUCAAGAUCCCUUGAAAACAACAGGAGAAACAUUUGGUUUGCUGAAUUUUGGGAGGAUGACUUCAAGUGCAAAUUGACACGGCCAGGCAUCAAAUACGAAGCCGAAAGGAGAAAAUGUACAGGCGAGGAAAGAAUAAGUCGAGACUCUCAGUAUGAACAAGAGGGGAAAGUGCAGUUCGUGAUUGAUGCAGUAUAUGCCAUGGCUCAUGCCUUACACAGCAUGCACCUGGACCUUUGCCCUGGCUCUAUGGGCGUUUGCGACAAGAUGGACCCCGUGGAGGGACGUAUGCUCCUACAAUACAUUCGUUCCGUUAAUUUCAAUGGCAGUGCAGGAACUGGUGUGAUGUUCAACGAAAAUGGAGACGCACCUGGUCGGUACGACAUCUUCCAGUAUCAGCUUUCCAAUGUCAGUAACCCUGGGUAUAAGGACAUUGGCCAAUGGACAAACCACCUACGACUAAAUCCAGAGGAGAUGCAGUGGUCAGGCGGUGACCGCAAGAUCCCAGAUUCCGUGUGCAGCUUCCCAUGUGAGUCCGGUGAGCGCAAGAAGAUGGUGAAAGGCGUUCCUUGCUGCUGGCACUGUGAGCUCUGCGAUGGCUACCAGUAUCUUCUGGAUGAGUUCAGCUGUGACAUGUGCCCCUUCGACAUGAGACCCCUUAAAAACCGUACAGGUUGCAGGCCUACGCCCAUUAUCAAGUUGGAAUGGAGUUCUCCCUGGGCCAUAAUCCCUGUCUUCCUGGCUAUCCUGGGCAUCCUGGCUACCACAGGUGUCAUUGCCACAUUUAUCCGCUUCAAUGACACCCCUAUUGUUCGAGCCUCUGGCAGAGAGCUCAGCUAUGUGCUGCUGACGGGUAUCUUCCUUAUUUAUCUGAUUACCUUCCUCAUGAUCGCUGAGCCCAGUACAGCCGUUUGCGCCAUCCGCCGGCUGCUUCUGGGGCUCGGAAUGUGCAUCAGCUAUGCCGCCAUGCUGACAAAAACCAAUCGGAUCUACCGGAUUUUUGAACAGGGAAAGAAGUCUGUCACGCCCCCCAAAUUCAUCAGUCCUACUUCUCAGCUUAUUAUCACCUUCAUUCUGAUCUCAGUGCAGGUUCUUGGUGUGUUUAUUUGGUUUGGCGUGGUGCCCCCACACACCAUCAUCGACUACGAAGAGCAGAAGCCUCCGAAUCCCGAGUUUGCACGAGGGGUCCUUAAGUGCGACAUGUCCGAUCUGUCCCUCAUCCUGUGUCUGAGCUACAGUAUCGUUCUGAUGAUCACCUGCACAGUUUACGCCAUCAAGAGCAGAGGAGUUCCUGAGACCUUUAAUGAGGCCAAGCCCAUUGGCUUCACUAUGUACACCACCUGUAUUAUCUGGCUGGCCUUUGUACCAAUCUUUUUUGGCACUGCGCAAUCUACCGAGAAGAUGUUCAUCCAGACCACCACUCUGACAGUAUCCAUGAGCCUGAGCGCCACAGUGUCUCUAGGCAUGCUCUACAUCCCCAAAGUCUACGUGAUCAUCUUCCACCCGGAGCAGAAUGUACAGAAGCGAAAACGUAGCUUCAAAGCCGUGGUGCAGGCGGCAACAGUUUCCACACACCUCUCUCAAAAAUCGAACGACAAACAGAACGGCGAAUCGAAGAUUGAGCCAGACAGAUCCCAGUAAAGACCAACAAUCUACCACAUGACAUCACAAGCGCCCUUAUUGACAUGAUUUGAAAUGGACGACAAAAUAAGCAUUUAUCUUGGCCAGUCAGUGUUCUUUCCUCUUGAUAUGACACCAGCAAUGUUCCUGAUUUCCCUUAUUGCUAUUUAACUCUGGACUGAUGAACAAAAAGAAAUACAAGAGUUCACAUUGAAGAAAAUGACAAAACUAAAGGCAAAUCUUCAUAAGAUCAUGCAAGAAUUUGGCAAUCAAAAAACAAAAACAUUAAGUAACCUGAAAUACCAUAUAAACCUUUGUUUUUGUAAACUACUGACAAAAAGAUAUUCGGCUUUCGCGUGAACUUUCAGGAUGAACCUAAGCACUCUAAGCUUCAUAAUGUAUGUUAACUUAUUUUGACCUUCUCUAAACUUUCAAACACACAAGUCCAACUCCUCAAUUUUUUAGUACAUUUUGCAUGACUGAAUGUUUUCACAGUGAGCAGAACUGCAAACUUCACAAGUGGUUCAUUUUCUUUUUACUUUUUACAAGGACAUCCACUCCUAUCCUUGUGUUGUUUUGCUCUGUGCAAGUCUCAAAGGUAAUUUCCUUCUGAGAACAUUGUUUGAAUCCUCGAAAUGGGAAGGUAACGUUGAUAAAUUAUUAGGUGGUGUUUGGUCUUAGGUCAAAACGGGAGCAAAACAAGAACUGGCAGAAUAAUAAAUGCAGUUGAAGUGGGAAAUGCAUUGGUCCACUCAUAGUUCACGUUGUAAAUUUUGCAAUUUUGGGAAACGUAUUGGUCCACAUAGUGAAUUUUGCCAUUCAGCAAAAUCUGGGUCAGCUAGUACCAACCACAUUCAUUGACUUCGACCGUGAGGCAAAGAAGAGCCAGGCACAGACAAACAACUGUGACACCGCACUAAUACCCAAAGGCGGGUAGAGUAGCCAAAAAUUGUACUCGAGUAGCGUUACUUCAAAAUAAUAUUACUCAAGUAAAAGUCAUCAAAAAAGUGUACCAAAGUACAUGCAAAAUAAUUGGUGAAAUAUUACUACUAAAAAUAUCUAAUGAGUAAUAUAUACAUACUGUAUGACACGGAUCGGACGCUACCUGCUACUACCGUAGCAACAUGCGGGAGUAGUUUUUAGCAAUGUCGGUGCAUUUUGUAACGGCUGUCGGCUGCAGUAAGGUACUUUUUUUAUUGCUUCUUCUACGCACGUGACAUCAGCGCGUUGUCCCGCCUUAAAAGGAGUCCGGGCAAAACGUGAUGCUUAGAGCUGGCAAAAUUAAACGAUUCCUCGAGGUGAAUAAAAUUACUUUGAUCAGUUUUUAAACUCGAGUAGCUCGAGUAUUCGUUUCAGCUCAUAUAUAUAUUUUUAACAAUGAUAUUUUUUCUCAGCAGUUACAUAUAUAUGAACUGUUGUCAAUAUUGAGUUAUACUUGUAUCGCGCUUUUCCACCUUUCAAGGCGCUCAAAGCACUUUACACUACAUCGCCAUCUACCUACUGGUGACGCAGCACCAGGAGCAAUGUGGGGUUCAGUAUCUUGCUCAAGGAUACUUAGGCAAGUUCAUCAGGGCAGAGAAUCGAACCCACAACCUCUGGGUUGGGGGACAACUACUCUUCCACUGACCCAGCCAUCCCCAUUAUAUAAAAACAACAACAAUAUUAUACUGUACUAACCUAUUACUAAGCCAAAGAAAUACAAAAAAAAUAAAAUAAAAUAAACAGAACUGAAACAUCAUUCAUCCAAAGAGCAUGAGUGCCCUCUGGCGGACAAAAUAGUUCCUAGUUUGAAUAGAUGAAUUGUUAAUAAUUCCUUCAUAAUUAAAACUAUCAUAUCACAAGUUCUCUGUGGUCAAUCGACGCCAAAUAAAAACUGGGACAGGGGUUAAAAUAUGUGCUUUCUAGUCAUGCUGAGGGCAGUGCACUAUCUCAAAUAAUUUUUUAUGGUGCUUUAAAGAAACCACUUGACUGGACAGGCCAGCAUGAUCAUAGUACGGCGAGUCUGUUUGGUAUAAUGUAGUCAAGUGAUUAUUGUGCCAGGUCUCACUGGUGAAAGUGGUAACGCUACUGUUGGAGUCGCUGGCAACCCCCCCCCCCCCCCAAAAAAAAAACAAAAAACAAUGUAAAAUCUUUAGGGCUGCAGCUGUCGAUUAUUUUAGAAGUUGAUUAAUCCAUGAGCUAGUUAGUUUGAAUAAGCGAAUAAUCUGAUGAGAAACAUAAAUUAAAAUACUUGAGCUUAGACUCAAAUGGUAUAAAAAUGAGGUUCUAUGAACAACAAAAGAACAAUUGGUUAACUUUCAUAGCAAAAAAAUAAAAAAAAAACAA